AUGCUCAACUCCCGCCGCGCCCUGGCUGCGGCCGCCACCCUGCUCGCCCUCUUCUUCUUCGUCUCCCGAAGCCAUGAGACGCCCUCGAUCCUCACGUCUCAGCGCGCCCACACGCCCGCAAAGCCCGGCUCCGCCGCCGCCGCCGCUGUCGCCGGACACGCCGUCCACACGUGGUCCGCCGGCCGCGCCGCUCCCCAGAAGCCUAUGAUGGACAUGUCGCGCCUGUCGACGUACAACAAGCUCGCCUACGCCUUCCCCUACGACGUCGAGGCAAAGUUCCCCGCCUACAUCUGGCAGACGUGGAAGACGACGCCCGUCGACGAGAGCUUCCAGUUCCGCGAGCAAGAGUCGUCGUGGACCGAGCAGCACCCGGGCUUCAUACACGAGGUCAUCUCCGACGACGUGGCCAAGAGCCUCCUCGGCCUCCUCUACGCCUCGGUCCCCGAGGUCCUCGAGGCCUACCACGCCCUCCCCCUGCCCGUCCUCAAGGCCGACUUCUUCCGCUACCUCAUCCUCCUUGCCCGCGGCGGCAUCUACUCCGACAUUGACACCUACGCCAUCAGGAGUGCCAUCGACUGGAUCCCCGCCGAGAUCCCCCGCGAGACCAUUGGCCUCGUCAUCGGCAUCGAGGCCGACCCCGACCGCCCCGACUGGGCCCAGUGGUACAGCCGCCGCAUCCAGUUUUGCCAGUGGACCAUCCAGAGCAAGCCCGGCCACCCGGUCCUGCGCGACGUCGUCAGCCGCAUCACCAACCACACCCUGACCCUGAAGCGCUCCGGCGAACUGGCCGGCAUGGUCGGCAAAAACGUCAUCGAGUUUACCGGGCCCGCCGUCUGGACAGACACCAUCAUGGCCUACUUCAACGACGACCGCUACUUUGACAUGAAGGACAGCACGGGCCUCAUUGACUGGCACAACUUUACCGGCAUCGACGCGAGCACCCGCAUCGGCGACGUCGUCGUCCUGCCCAUUACCAGCUUUUCGCCCGGCGUCGACCAGAUGGGUGCCAAGGACUACGAGGACCCCAUGGCUUUUGUCAAGCACGACUUCGAGGGCACAUGGAAGCCGGAAAGCGAGAGGCACAUUGGCGAGCAAAAACCCGAGGCAACCAAAUCGCCGUGA